AAGGUGUAACGGAACUCAGGGCACAAAACAACUCCCUCCCACCCUCUGUCCGCUCAGCUCCGCCUCCCCCCUAGCCACGUUCACGCGCGGUGGUUUACCAGCAAAGGUGCGCCUAUCUUCCCUCCCACACGCUGAUCAUCAAGCCCUCCUCCUUCUCCUCCUUCCUGCUCGCUCGGGCCAGUUACACGUUACUCCUCUCUCUCUCGCUCUCGCGCUCUCUCGUUCUUCGUGGCGGGCCCGUCACAGGUAAAGUGGGAAGACGGAGAAAGGGACGAGAAAGCAAGGGAGGAUGCCACGUGCUUUUCUCGUGAAACAGCCGUGCCAGAGAAAGCCCGCUCGAGACUGGAGCAGCCUCCCCGAUCAAGAGCGGGCCGAGUCGUACGUGCCUGACACGUCCGCCGUUCCCCGUUGUGCAGUUGGGUGCAGCGCGUCGAGUGGCAGCGAUGAAGAGGGCUCUCUGUGCCCCGCGUCUCCAUCGGCCACGUCCAGCGGGGAGCGCUCGACGCCGCCUCCGUGCGGCGAGGAGGCCGCGGUGAGCCCGGGGGCGGCCGCGGUGAGCCCGGGGGCGGCGGUGAGCCCAGCCAGGCGAGGCCUGCACCCGGUGGGGAGCGGGUCGGCGGCACCGGCGACGGUGCCGGUGGCGGGGCCCGGGAUCCGCACUACGUGCGGUCGCGCAUCAAGAUCACGAGCGGGGGCCAAACCGUCGGGCUUCACGUGCAGCGUGUGCAGCAAGGCGCUGCAGUCCCAGCGCAUGCUCACACGCCACAUGAAGUGUCACAGCGACUUCCGCAAGCACAGCUGCCGCUUCUGCGGCAAGGGCUUCAACGACACCUUCGACCUCAAGCGCCACAUCCGGACGCACACUGGCGUGCGGCCCUACCGGUGCGAGUUGUGCGACAAGGCGUUCACGCAGCGCUGCUCGCUCGAGUCGCACCUGCGCAAGAUCCACGGCAAGGAGCAGGAGUACGCCUACAAGGAGCGGCGCGCCAAGCUCUACGUGUGCGAGGACUGCGGCCACACGGCCGAGGACGCCGAGGCGCUGCAGAGCCACGCGGAGAGCGAGCACCCCGACAGCCAGGCCACGGCGCACAAGCCGGCGCCCCCCGGGCCGCGCGCGGCUCAGGGUGGGGCCAGGUCCCAGGGGGGAGCCACGGCGGGCGGCGGAGGCAGCGACGGAGGGAGCAGCGGCCGCAGCAAAGAGUCCUUAUCACCGUCUUCGUCGUCAAAUUCGUCGUCGUCGUCGUCGCCGUAGCAGUCGCCGUAGCGCGGUUUCAAGGGCGUCCAGCGUGGGUGGUGCGGGCGUAGGGGUCGUGCCGAGAGGCGCCCGCGCCUGCCAUCUGGUUUAUUAUAAAGCCAUGCACGGAAAGUGCUUCCUACUGUGGAGGGGGUACCCCAGGGUGACUCGUAGACACGGGGAAUGAUUGACAGAUUUACCAGAUGGCGUGCCUGCGAAAUGUUUAACUUCUGAAGAGUGGAUUUUUGUUGUCGCUAACGUUUUCGAUGGAUUCAUCCAUCGCCUUUUUUAUUUCAUUGCAUUUUGUCCGAAUAGCCCUUAACUGCUGAAGCCUUAAAGCCCAAGAUGGACUCUGCCACAUUUUGUUUAUGAAGGGCAGUCAGUUUAGAUAAAGCAAAGUGUUAAAUACCGAGGCUUUCCAUGCCAUUUGAUCAGAAGAUGAAAGGCCAUUUGCAAAAAAAAAAGGAUGCAGUGAGUUAAUCGGUUAAUUAAUUUAUUUAGAGGUCUCUAGCUGUUUAAACUUCAGCGAUGUCAGUCAGCUUUGUAAAAUAAAUCCUCUUAUGCCAACGAAGUGUACAUAUGUUUAAACUCGUGCAGUUUGUGUAAAAUCAAGCCAUUUAUUAUCAUGUUAUAGACCGCGAUAUGGUAUUACAAUUCUAUGCAAUAUGAACCAAGUUGAUACGUGCAUAUUUAAUUAGUUCUGCAUAGCAGGGAAUGGUAUUUUUAUACUGGCGUGUAAAUAUUUCUCCUUACCCUUUAUCUAAUAUAAGUUUAUAAUUCUCAAGUUGUUUGGUGGGUGGUUUACGGGACGUGGUCUGGUACGGGUAACACUGCUGACUUUCUAUUAAGGUAAAUGCUGUAGAUAUUAAAACAUGAAUA